AUGGCUGGGAACAAUACCACCGCCUGUGUUACAAGGCUAGACGCUACGUCCAUCAGAUUGAGUUUGGGUUUGAGGCUUGGUUUGCCAAUCGUUUCUAAAUAUAUAUGCUUAAGUAGAUCGAAUGUUUGUCCGCUUGGUUAUCACUGUCUCUUAUGUAAGCUUGACUCAGGCAGGCAAGCUCGUCACCUUGCCAUGAAUAAUUAUUUGUUUCGUUUGUUUCAGAAAGCAAAUAUCCCCGCCAUCAAGGGCCCGGCCGGUUUUAUACCUGAUAAUAAUUUUAGACCGGAUGGUUCUAGUGUCUCAGAAACUUCGUCUGACCUGGAACGUUACGUUUCUUCACACAUUGACAAGAAAUAUAUUAAUUACACAUCCAUAGAAUCAGGAUCGGCUGUUUUAAAAGAGGCUGAUUUUAAAAAUAAAAAAUAUAAAAACUUGACUAAUUAUACAAAAAUUUUUAUCAAUGUCUGCAUUGAAGCAUCCGGCCCAGUUGACAAGAACACAAUUUACUGA